AUCGCACUGAUAUAUCCGCAUCUCAGCCGGUCUCUGCCCAUCUCGAGCCGGAGUCUUCCCUGUCUGCCUUUCUUUCCUGUCUGUCUCGCUCCCUGACCACCCCCAUCUCUUAUCAGCCAUGAGCACGUUUGGAAGCGUCUUCCGAGUCACAACCUUUGGUGAAUCCCACUGCAAGGGCGUUGGUGUCAUCAUCGAUGGCUGCCCUCCCGGCCUUCCUCUCACCGAGGAUGAUGUCCAGCCCCAGCUGAACCGCCGACGACCGGGCCAGAGCAACCUGACCACUCCGCGCAACGAAAACGACCGAGUCACGAUCCUGUCAGGAACCGAAAUGGGAUUCACCCUCGGCACCCCCAUCGCCAUGACCGUCCCCAACUUGGACCAGCGUCCCCGCGACUACGGCGAAAUGGAUGUCUAUCCUCGCCCGAGUCACGCCGACUUUACCUACUUGGAAAAGUAUGGCAUCAAGGCCUCCUCUGGUGGUGGUCGCUCUUCGGCCCGUGAAACCAUCGGCCGUGUCGCUGCUGCUGCUGUUGCUGAAAAGUUCCUCCGAUCUGCCUUCGGCAUCGAGGUCGUUGCUUUUGUCAACUCGAUCGGCCAUGUGAGCAUGCAGCCCACUGUUCCGUAUACCGACGCCGAGAACGAGCCGCAGUGGCUCUCCAAGUGGACAGAGUGGUGGCAGUUCCUGAACACUGUCCAGCGGGAGGACGUCGACAAGAACGAAGUGCGCUGCCCCGACGAAGUGUAUGCCGAGAAGAUGCGCCAGCGAAUUCUGCAAGCCAAAGAGGCCAGCGACUCGAUCGGAGGAACGGUCGUUUGCGUUAUCCGCAACGUCCCCACUGGGCUCGGCGAGCCCUGCUUCGAUAAGCUCGAGGCCAAGCUGGCGCACGCCAUGCUCUCGAUUCCGGCCACAAAGUCCUUCGAGAUUGGCAGCGGUCUGGACGGCACCAACAUUCCCGGCCACGUCCACAACGACUCCUUUGUGCAGAAGGGCGACCGUCUCGGCACCACCACCAACUUCUCUGGCGGAAUUCAGGGCGGCAUCACCAACGGUGAGAGCGUCUACUUCAAGGUCGCUUUCAAACCCCCGGCCACCAUCGGUGCCGCGCAGGCCACCGCCACUUACAACGGCGAGGACGGUGUCCUCUCUGCCAAGGGCCGCCACGACCCCUGCGUCCUCCCCCGCGCCGUGCCGAUCGUCGAGGCCAUGGCCACCCUUGUUGUCAUGGACUCCAUCCUCCAGCAGCUUUCUCGCAAGGGCGCAACUGAGCUCCUGGCUAGCCACCGCCCGUCGAUACCGGUGGUGCUCAAGGGCGAGGUCACCAAGGACAUGAUCGGCCAGUGAGCGGAUUCGAUGGUCGCAGUAUUGGGUGUCGGGCAUGUUGGCGGCGCUGACGGCGCUGACGGCUGACAUGAAUCGUGGCCUCCUGAAUACACACAUGUCUAUCGUGCGAA